AGUUGGUACUGUCCAAUUGUAUUUCUAGCUUGCAGGUAUAGCAAAGGAACAGUUGAACAAGAGCACUGUGAUGCAGGAGCGGCUCAUCUAACCCACAAGUUCUCUCCUACAUAUAUCAGCAGGGCAGGCAAGAUCUGCAACAACACAACACAAAUUUCAUCUCCAAACCAAAUACCUCACAAUGGAUGGAGAGCUUGAACUGCCUGAAUUCAACCCUCGGGAACGGGUGAAGCAGCAGAUUUCAGUCCCAUUUCUCUGGGAGGUGAAACCUGGCGCGCCCAAAAGGGACUGGGUCAUUUCCAAGCCAGUGGCAUCAGAGUCUGCAUGCCCAUCCCCGACCCCGACAAAGCUUGUUGUGAGCGUGCCAUUCCAGUGGGAAGAAAAGCCUGGGAAGCCUAUACAAGAAGCAUCUCCCUUCCACGUGCUGCCUGAUCAUGGUGGCUUUGUAGCAUCUUCCCGCUCACUGAACCCUUUUGCGGUCGAGAGCGAGGAGGAAUACUCGCUUGGUUUUGAUCUGGAAGCAUUUGGUUUUCCAGACAACAACGACGCUUCUGGUGCUGCAGCAGCAGCAUGGGUUGAUGGCUCCUCCGGCCGUCGUGACGCUUGGUUCUCGUUUUCAGAGUCAGAAGAUUACAGCCACUCCAGUGGUGAUACUUCAGCCCAGGACCAGGAGUUUCAGUUUCCCCGGGCACCUUCGGAGAAGAGCUGGGAGGUGGCCAACGACGAGGAUCAGCUGAGCAAUCCGUGGAGCCCUCCGAGGAGCGCGGUGACGACGCUGGAGGAGCUUAUGGUGCUCAGCCGGAGACUGAGGUGCGGACAAGGAUUGCCAGUUGAUGUCGGGAAGAAGAGCCUCUCCUCCGUGGAGCUCAUCAAGAAGGUUUUAAUCGUGUGUUCUUAGCCGCACGGCUCCGGGGUUGCUGCACAUGGCCAAACGGUACAGAGUGCACGUGAGACCAUUAUGGAGGAGGCAUGGCAAAGUGGUGCGUUCGAGGGUAGAAAGGCUAGCUGUCCGGUGACUUGUGUUGUACUGUCGUCUCGUGAAAAUCUUGGUCUCCUUUUUGUGAACGGUGUUCAAGAGAAACACUGAAUUUUCUUUGGUACUGCAAAUUUUUAAGAAUUGUUCCAUUGCUUGUCCAUCUUAGCACUCUUUCGUAGCGGAUAUUGAAUGUGAAACUAGUGAACUUCGUAA